CCCCUGUAACUAAACCCUCGCACUAAAAGUGUAAAACCUUGGCUCAAUCUGUAGGCUAGACUAUCAAACAAGCCAUCUGUUAAGGCAAUUCGAAUUUUUGCUUUAUACAUUUCAGUGCAAUCUACAUGUAUGUUCAGAUUGGCACCGAUCUUCAAAAGUGGGUGCUUUUCCAGAUUCUUACCAUUAGCUAAAUCUUGUAGCCCAUUGUUUUCAGUAGCUGCAAAUUCUCCACUACUUACAUCAGAUAACACUAAAAAUGACAACGCAGAGAUUGACUUGGGUGUUUUAUUUGAAUCGUGCACCAAAUCGCAUCUUCUUAAGUGCCUGCAUGCGUUUCUUGUGGUGUCGGGGAAGAUCCAGAACAUCUUUAUCUCCACUAAGCUUGUCAAUCAUUAUGCCAACCUUGGUGACGUCUCAUUCUCUUGCCUCACUUUUGAUCAGAUCUCGAAUAAGAAUGUUUUCACAUGGAAUUCCAUGGUUUCUGCAUAUGUUCGAUGUGGCCAUUUCAGCGAAGCUUUAGAUUGUUUCUUCCAUUUUUUGCUGACCCCUGGUAUUCGACCUGAUUUUUAUACUUUUCCUCCUGUGCUGAAAGCCUGUAGAGAUCUUGUUGAAGUGAAGAAGAUACAUUGCUCAGUUUUAAAGCUAGGUUUUGAAUGGGAUGUCUUUGUGGCUGCUUCCUUGUUACAUAUGUAUGCCCAAUUUGGCCUAUCAGAUGUUGCACAUAAAUUAUUUGAUGAUAUGCCUGUCCGAGACAGGGGUUCUUGGAAUGCAAUGAUUUCUAGUUAUUGCCAAAGUGGGAAUGCUACAGAAGCUCUAGAUUUGUUGGACAAAAUGAGAUUGGAAGCAGUUAACAUGGAUUCAGUUACUGUUGCAAGUAUUCUUUCUGUUUGUGCACAAUCAGGUGAUAUUGUAACUGGGAUGUUGAUUCAUUUAUAUGUUAUAAAACAUGGGUUGGAAUUUAAUUUGUUUGUGUCCAAUGCUUUGAUCAACAUGUACGCAAAAUAUGGUGACUUGGAGCAGGCACGUAAAGUUUUUGACAAUAUGAUGGUGAGAAAUACUGUUUCAUGGAACUCAAUAAUUUCUGCAUAUGAGCAAAAUAAUGAUCCGAUUACUGCAUGUGGAUUCUUUAACAAGAUGCAAAGAGCUGGAACUGAGCCCGACUUGUUGACAUUAGUGAGCUUGGCUUCCAUUGUUGCUCAGAUGAAUGAUCAUAAGAAUAGUUUGUCAAUACAUGGAUUUACAAUGAGGAGAGGUUGGCUUGCGGAUGAUGUUGUAAUCGGAAAUGCAAUUGUGGACAUGUACACCAAGUUGGGUGUCAUAGAGUCUGCAUGUUCAGUUUUUGAAGGACUGCCUGUAAAGGAUGUGAUCUCAUGGAACACUUUGAUCACUGGCUAUGCUCAAAAUGGUCUUGCAAGUGAGGCAAUUGAAGUCUACCAGAGGAUGGAAGAGUGCAAUGGGAUAAUUCCAAACCAAGGCACUUGGGUGAGCCUGCUACUAGCUUAUUCCCAUGUAGGAGCCGUGCAACAGGGGAUGAAAAUUCAUGGCAAGGUGAUUAAGAAUUGCCUAUACAUGGAUGUCUCUGUGGCAACUUGCCUUAUUGUCUUGUAUGGAAAAUGUGGGAGAUUGGAUGAUGCUAUAUCUUUAUUCUAUCAAAUUCCAAGAGGGAGUCCAGUUUCCUGGAAUGCCAUAAUAUCCUGUCAUGCAGUACAUGGGCAUGGUGAGAAGGCAAUAAAUCUAUUCGGAGAAAUGCUGGACGAGGGAGUGAAACCAAAUGAUAUAACCUUCGUAUCGUUGUUAUCAGCAUGUAGUCAUUCAGGUUUGGUUAGUGAGGGUCAAUCAUAUUUCAGCAUGAUGCAGGAAGAGUAUGGGAUCAGGCCUCAUUUGAAGCAUUAUGGCUGCAUGGUUGAUUUGUUUGGUCGGGCUGGGAAACUAGAAAAGGCAUAUGAUUUUAUCAAAAGUAUGCCUCUACACCCUGAUGCUUCUGUGUGGGGUGCUCUACUUGGUGCCUGCCGGAUACAUGGAAACAUUGAGUUGGGUUCAUUUGUUUCAGAUCGUUUAUUUGAAGUUGAUUCGGAAGAUGUUGGCUACUAUGUUCUGAUGUCAAAUAUUUAUGCAAAUGUUGGGAAAUGGGAAGGAGUUGAUAGAGUGAGAUCACUGGCUAGAGUCAAAGGACUGAAGAAGACACCUGGGUGGAGUUCUAUAGAAGUGAACAGUAAGGUUGAUGUGUUCUAUACUGGGAAUCGAACUCAUCCAAGAUGUGAAGAAAUAUAUUGUGAGUUGAGGAAUUUAACUGCAAAAAUGAAGAGCUUCGGUUAUGUUCCAGAUUACACUUUUGUAUUACAAGAUGUUGAAGACGAUGAGAAGGAACACAUCCUCACAAGUCAUAGCGAGAGACUAGCAAUCGCAUUUGGAAUCAUAAGCACCCCUCCUAAAACCUCCAUCCGAAUAUUCAAGAACUUACGUGUUUGUGGCGAUUGUCACAAUGCGUCGAAAUUCAUAUCACAAAUUACUGAGAGGGAGAUAAUCGUCAGGGACUCAAAUCGUUUUCAUCACUUCAAAGAUGGAAUUUGUUCUUGUGGAGACUAUUGGUGACAUGGAUUGGAUGUAUAUAUUCCAUAGAACUAAAGCUGGGGGUCCAAGUGAAGGUUCCCAAUUUGUCAAACAUAUGUUUUAAAAGUGCUGUCGGGAGUAUAUCAGAGGAAAAUGCAACAUCAAGUUGUAAAGACUGUAUUUUCAGAGAGAGUUGCAAGAACAGUGAUCACAAGAAAAAACACGGGGGAUGUAUAUAUCCCAACAACUAUCAGCCCAUGCUCACCAGUUGAUGGUUCUACAAGAUGGCAGCUAGCAGAAGAUUAAGAUUACAGAGAAAGAAUCAUUGUUUGACAACAUGGCUGAUUCUCAUGGAUGUGUUGUUUUACAUCUGUAGCUAACCUCCAGACUGACAACAUCUUUUGGUCCCCUGGACCACAGUGUGCUUUGUGAUGAGGGAUUCUAUGACAGAGAUUAUGACUUUCUCUGCUGAAUUUGCUGGAAGUUCGGGGCAGCACCAAGACUAUCACUUAUGCCAUCAGAAUUCAGGUGGCAGUACUAGGGAUGAUUGGCUAAGUAAAGAGUGCCAAUUUUCCCAGGUGUUAUGGGAUCGGCAGAUUUACAGCUUGAGUGCAAAGUUCAGCUCAACCUUAAUGCAUAAAGACUAUGAGAGUACUGAAAUCAUGAUACAAAAAUUGCUGUUCAUGCGCUUAACAACGAAGUUCUCCUCAAUAGGUGGGCAUAUUCUUUAGCUGAAAAGUGAGAUCACAAGAAAAGUAAGUAUUUUUUAAACGAAUUCUAAUUCGGGUUGUGUUUAUGGCAAUCCGUUUGUUAAUCUGAUCUUAUUUGGAUUGACUCCUCAUAACCCAACCAAGCCAGCAUUCGUGGUGAUACUUUGGAGUCCAUGUAGAACAAAAUUUUAUCAAAUAAAAAUUUGAAACUUUUGCAAAAA